GGUAAAGGUGGGAGAAGCCUUUAAGGUGGAAGGGACUUAAGGCACAGUGGUGUGACGAUAAAUGUUGGGAACCAUAACUUCUAGAGAAGAGACCAGACAGAUAAGAUGUGGGCUGUUUUGCAAGUGUUUGUCUUUCUGAAGAGCUUAGGUCUUAGUCCUUGAGCAGGCAGAAGCCAUUGGGUUUUAAGCACGGACACGACAUGAUCCAACCAAAGGUCUGGGGAUUUUUGGGUUGAGUUUAGACAAAAUUAGCCUUUGGCCAGUGUAGAGAAAAUUAUUUAUCUUCAAGGUUUAAGAUUAGUGGAGAUAAAAAUUUCCUAAUUGAACAAUCCAGGGUCUUCUGAGGAAGAGAAUACACAACUUAUUGCUUUGCAAAUGUGAAGGGACCCAAUGCUCAACAGUGGUUCAAAACUGGACUUUAGAAAUAGGCAGGCCUAGCUUUGUUUCCCAUUGGGUCACUUUACUAGCCACCAGACCUUGAGCAACAUAGCUGUCCAAGCUCUUUUGAGCCUCAAUGUUCCCAUCUGUAAAACCAGCAUUGCAGUUAAACCUACCACAGCAGAGUUGUGAGGAGAUAAUGAAGGUGAGACCCUUAGUCGAGUGCCUGAACUUUACAGUAAGGGCUGUGCUCAGUAAGGAGUAAUUAUUUGUUUGGCAUAAAGGGUCCAUAAAGUAGCUUGGCUGGAAACAAAGCCUACCAAAGCCCACUCUAGAGGAAAGAGGCGGGGCUGAGUGCCUUUCCUCCUUUCAACUCCCUGGUUCAGCCGGAUGGAGCCUGCGGCCCUUGGAGUGGUGGGUGAUCUCCAGUUGCCCCAAGGGCCUGCCAAACAUCUGCCUAAACUGGGGCGCGGACGGCUCGGGGAAAGUUGGCAGACGCGCUGGCAAGAGGAGAAGCUGAGCCCGGGCCCCAGAAGCUCGGUGGCGAAACUUUUUGACGCCUUCUAUUUAAAGUCGCGGGGCUCGCCCGCCCCCCGGGCGGGGAACUCGAGCUGCCCCGCUGGGCCAGUAAGCGCAGUCAGAGGGAGAACACCAGGCGCGGCGCAGGCGGCUCCGGCUCCGGCCCCGGAAAGACGCGAUGGCGAGCAGCGACAGCAACCAUGCCACUGAGAUCUCUCUCGGCUCCGACGGGGACGAGGAGGCGACCAGAGGGUUCGAGACGGAGGAGGAGUCAGAGGCCGAGGAAGACGAGACGGCCGCGGAGUCGGAGGAGGAGCUGGACGCCAGGUUAUCAGACCAGGACGAAGAGGGCAAGACCAAGCAGAAGUGUAUCAUAUCUGACCCCUCCUUUUCCAUGGUGACAGUUCAGCGGGAGGAUAGUGGAAUAACCUGGGAGACCAAUUCAAGUAGGUCUUCCACUCCUUGGGCUUCGGAAGAAAGUCAGACUUCUGGUGUAUGUAGUCUAGAAGGGUCGACUAUGAAUCCUCCUGCAGGGAAUGUUUCCUUUAUUGUGGAUGAAGUUAAAAAGGUUAGGAAAAGAGCGUCUAAGUCAAAGCAUGGCUCACCAUCAUUGCGUCGCAAAGGCAAUAAAAAAAGAAAUUCCUUUGAAUCCCAAGAUGUACCAGCAAACAAAAAAGAAAAUCCUUUAAUUUCAGAAGGCCAGUUACUGAAAACCCAGAAAGAGAAGUCAUCUACUGGCGAUUAUGAUAAAAUGAGAAAAAAGAAGACCACCUCAAAUACACCUCCUAUUACUGGAGCAAUAUACAAGGAACACAAGCCGUUAGUGUUACGACCAGUCUACAUAGGAACAGUACAAUAUAAAAUUAAGAUGUUUAAUUCAGUUAAAGAAGAAUUAAUUCCACUACAAUUUUAUGGCACAUUGCCAAAGGGUUACGUAAUUAAGGAAAUACGUUAUAGGAAGGGGAAGGAUGCAUCCAUUAGUCUAGAGCCAGAUUUAGGCAAUCGUGAUUCUAAUAUAAUUUCCAAAACUGACAAAUUAGUAACCCAAAGCAUAGAAGAUGAUAAAGUAAAAAAGCUUCCUUCACCCUGGGGAGGUACGCUGUCCAAAGGAUCAAAGUCCCUGACCUCCUUAUUUAGUCGUGAAGAUCAAAAAAAAAUUUACGUUGAUUCUCCUCUAAAGGCUGCAUCUGCCACCAAGCAUGCAGAUUCCUCUUCUAUAAAUGACACAGUAGAACUAGAAACACAGUUCAGCCCUUCACAGUCAGUGCCACAACAGCCAGGUGAAGAAGCAAAACCCUCUGAAAUGGAGCCUUCCUCUCUUAGGCCUGAUACAUCUGCAACUGUGUUCUCGGAAACGGCAAAGGAAGAAUUUGAGUCUGAUGUGCAAGAAGCUGUAACUUCAGAGCAUGACUCUUCAGUCUCACCACCUUUAGUGGAUGAUGUAAAGGAGGAAGAUGUGUAUUCUGACCAUUCAAUUUCACUGGAGGCAGAGAAGGAUUCUCUGGAAACAGAUUCACCAGGUCUGUCAGCAUCUAUCCAGGAAGAUUUUGGCCCAGAAAGAGAAGAACUGGACCUGACUUCACUAGAAAGGGCAGAACCAGUUUCUGAACAACUAACCCCUCCUCAUCUUGAUGUCAAAGGAGAGAAGAAAGAAAAUGUGCCUGAGCCAUCUAUUUCUCUUUCUGAACAGCUAGUAUUAGAGGAACCAGUGAAAGAAGAAAUGGAAACUUCUCUACCAAUAACUGCUACCUCUGAACCUGAAGAUUUUAACUCAGUGGAAGAAGAGAUCAUAGAACUUGAUUACCCAGAAAGUCCAUCGGUUUCUGAGAAGCCCCUCCCACCACAUUUGGCCCCUGAAGUGGGAGAAGAAGAGGAGACUAUUCUGCCAUUACUGACAGCAUCAACACCUGAACAUGCUGCUUUGUCUGAAGAAGAAAGGGAGGAAAAUGAGUCUGUUUCUACUGAUUCUGCCUUUGUAUCAGAGUAUUCAGUCCCACAGGAUAUGAACCAAGAACUAGAGAAGCAAGAAGUUGAGGCAGUUUUUCCAUCCAAUGUAAAAGCUCUGUCUGAACAUACAGUUUUGUCAGAAGAGGAAAAUGAGGAAUUUGAGCCUUAUUCUCCAGCUUCAGCCUCUGCAUCAGAACACUCUCUCUCACCAUCCAUAACUGAGAAGACUUCUGAAUGCCAGUUCCCACUGUUUUCAGCAGCUACACUGGGACACAUGGUCCUGCCUGGAGAAGAAGCCUCAGAAAGUGGGCGUCACACUCCAGAUUCCACAUCUGCUUUUGAAUAUUCAGUUCCAACACAGGCAACAAAAGAGUCACUCAAGAAAAUUGACGAUAUGUCCCCAUUAAAAUCAAAAGGUGUUUCUGAGCACAUGAUUUUGUCAGAAGAAGAGAAGGAAGACACUAGACCGUAUUCCCCAGAUGUGGCCUCUGUGUCUGAACACUCUCUCCCCCCAUGCAUAACUGAGAUGACGUCUGAGUGCCAGUCACCACUGCUUUCAACUGCUGCAUCCGAAUGUGCAGUCCUAUCAGAAGAGGACCCAAGAAGAGAGCGUUUCACACCAGAUUUGACAUUGACUUCCCAAUAUGCAGUUCCACCAAAUAUAGCACAGGAAUCCCUAAUUGAUGAUGUGCCCCUGUUAAAAUCAAAAAAUGUUUCUGAGCACAUGAUUCUGCCAGAAGAAGAGAAGGAAGACACUAGACCGUAUUCCCCAGAUGUGGCCUCUGUGUCUGAACACUCUCUCCCCCCAUGCAUAGCUGAUGUGACUUCUGAAUACCAAGCCCCACCACUUUCAGCCACUCCAUCUGAAUAUGUGGUCCUAUCAGAAGAAGAGACAGUAGAAAUGGAGCGGUACACACCUUCUUCCACCUCAGCUUCUGAAUUUUCAGUACCACCAUAUGCAACACCAGAAUCACAGGAGGUAGAAAUUGUCCACAGAUCCCCUUUAAAUAUAAAAGGUGCCUCCUCACCCAUGAAUUUCUCAGAAGAAGAGCAAGAAGACAUUGGACCUUUCUCUCCAGACUCCGCAUUUGUGUCAGAAUUCUCAUUUCCACCCUAUGCAACUCAGGAAACCGAGAAAAGAGAAUUUGAGUCCGAUUCUUCAAUAUGUUUAACAUCGCCAUCUGAACAUACUGUUUUGUCAGAUGAAGACCCUGAAGAAGCUGAACUUUUUUCUCCAGACUCAGCCUCACAAGUUUCAGUCCCACCAUAUAGAAUACCAGAAACAAAGAAAAAUGAAAUCGAGCCUGAUUCACUGUUAACUGCAAUAUCUGCUUCAGGGUAUUCCUACUUUUCAGAAGCAGAUGAGGAAGAAAUUGAACCAACAGCUGCUACACCUGUACCUGAACAUCUCGAUUCAUCACAGAAGCAACAAGCUGAACCUUCCCCUUCGAUAUCUGCACCUGAAGACUUGAGUCUGCCACCUGCAACAAAUAAAGCAGAGAAAACAGAUGCUCAAACAGCCUCAACGUCUGUAUCUGAAUAUCUCAUUUUGGCACAGAAGCGGGUAACUCAAGGAUUUUUAGAACCUAAGUUGGAAGAUUUGAUUUCACCGUAUUUAACCAGUGAAUUGGAGAAGGGAGAAAAUAAGACUAGUUUAUCAGGAGCUGCAACCCCUGUUUCUUUACCUACACAAUCAUCCAUGGUAAAGGAAGAAACCAAAUCCGUUUUGCCUUCAUCUCAAUAUUCCGUUUCACCUGAUUCAGUCCAUGCAUUUAAGAAAGAACAAGAACCCGAAGGAUUGCUCACUCCAAAAGCUGCAAAUGAACAGAUGGCUUUGUUAAAAGUUAAAAGUAAGGAAGAAAUUGUGCCUGAAUCUGAAGAAGCUACAUCACGUGGAUCACGGGAUCAAGAAAUGGAGCCUCAGCCUCCAAAUGUUCCAGGGUCUGGGAUGAAAUAUUCAGUUCUGCCUGACUUGGUAGAUGAGCCAAAGAAGGAUGUCAAACCCAAUUUAGCUCCAACUGUGACAUCUGAACUAGAACAGAGAACGUUGUCGGGGAAUGAGCCCGAAGUAAUAAAACCAUAUUCACCAGUAAAAGAAACAUCUUUAUCUGAACCUGAGAUUUUAUCAGCAUUAAAAACAGAAGUGAAACACGAUUCUAAAACAACUGGUAUACCUAGAGUACUGCAUUCACCUUCACCAGGAGUGGAAAAGGAAGUUGAACAUGGACCAUCCACACCAGAAUUUUCAGCUUUAUCAGAAGAAGUAAAGAAAGAAAUUGAACCCAGUUCUUCAAUAACUACAUCUGUAACUAAGCAUGAUUCAAGCUUAACCAAAUUAGCAAAAGAGGAAAAGUCAACAGAGGUUUCUCUUACCACCCUUGUAGAGUAUCCAGUCUUAACAAAAGUAGAAAAGAGUGAAUUAGGAAGUGGUUUGCCACCACUGGUAACAUCUAUAGAUGAGCAUUCACUUUUUAAAGGAGAAGAAAAGAUAGCAAUUAAAGCUAGUUCUUCUCCCACUGAAACUGCUGCAUCCAAACAUCCAGCUUGGUCAGAAGCAGAGAAGGAAAUUAAAUUUGAUUCACCUCCGAGUGUAUCCUCUAUAUCAGACCAUUCUAUUUUGUCAAGAGUAGAAACUGAAGAAGUUAAACCUGUCUUGCCAAUAACCAAAACACUGUCGUCUCAGCAUGCAGAUGUAUCUAAGGAAGCAAGGAUGGAAAACGAACAAGGUCUUUCAUUUUCUAUGGUCCUUGACUCUGAACGUUUGGCUUCAUCACAGAAAAAGAAUUCUGUGUCUGCCUCAGAGGUAUCAGGGCCCAAACAUGGGCUUUUGCUCAAUCUAGGUGGUGAGAUAGAGAAACAAGGAACUGAACUUCCUUUCUCGCAAAACGUGUCACCUGCACCCAAACAUAUAGUUCCAAAAGGCAUAAGUGAAAAGAUGGAAAAUUCUUCUCCCCAGAUGGAAAAUUUAGAGUUAGAAGAUUUAGCUCUGACAUUACCAACCCUUAGUGAUGAUAAGAACAAACAGGCAAUGGAGAUAUCUCUUACAGCUCAGGGAGAUUCCCUGUCAGAAAAACAAGAUCUUGCUCUGGCAGAGCUCUCUUUGGAACCUGAUAAGGAAGACAAGCUACACCAAGUAUCAGAAUUACCAAAUGCUGAGUUGGAAUCCACUAGUGGUUUAGGUAGGCAAAGUGCAUCUGUGGAUACAAAACUAAUAAAAUCUCCCACAACUAAAACAAAGGAUUCUGUCUUAGAGAAGGACCUAGUUGAUCUUACGAGCAGAGGAGAAGGUAAAGAAGAGAACAGGGAACUUCAAGUAUCAACUACAGUGCCUAAAAUUUCAGAGCUUUCAUCAUGCCUUAAGGAGGAACCUCAGAGUCAAGAAAUUAAAUCUAUUUCUCCUAAGGUAGUCAACUUAGAGUCAAAAAAAGCACUUACCCCUUUAGUUGAAGGAGACAACCCAGAAGAACUUCAUCCAUAUGCUUUUUCUUUAAAAGGAUUAUCAGAAGGCUUGAACCAUUCAGCUGACUUUAAAAAGGGAGAAAAACAAGAAAUAAGCUCAUUAGGAAAUUUGAAAGCACAAGUAACAGAAAAUAUUGUAACUACACUGAAUGAAGAGAGAGACCGACCAAAUACAUUCCCUGUACCCCAGAGUAUAACUGAACCAUCAAACAUCACUUCUCACCUUCUCAUGGAACAAGAGAAGCCUGAAAAAGCACUUCAUUCAGAUCAGGCUGUUAAAUUACCUGAUGUAAGCACAUCUUUUGUGGAUAAACAAGAUCUAGGUAUUAAACAACUUUCAAUUAUGAAAGAGAAUUUUCCUUUAGAAGAAUCAAAAUCACUUGUGAUAGCCGAGUCUGCAGGUGUUAAAGAAACACAAGUGAAAGAUACCCUUAUUUCUCCAAAGGAUGAAAACUGGAUGCUGGAAAAGCCAGAAAGAGAUUUGGCAAGUAAUCAUGAAGAAAGUGUACGGGGAUCUGUGCUGCUAGCUUCCUCUGCCAGUGAUGAUCUGAUGACAGGGCAGCUCAAGGCUGUUCUGUCAGAUAAAGACCAUACAUAUGAAAUCGGAAAGCAGGUUCUGCCACAUUCUGCUGGAGAAUCACAUUUAUCAUUACAAAAACCAGAAUCUCUUGUUAUCUCCAGUGGUAACAGUGAGACCUUAUCAACUAAAACUUCUGAAGAAGACAUAAAGCUGGCCCCCCAACCAAAAUCUUUAGUUCCAGCUGGAAAUGUAGAAAGAAAUAAAGCAGAGGAGAAGCAAAUCCUUUCUUUCACGGGGAGUGAAAGUUCAAUAUUGGAGAAAUCAAACACAGAAUUUUCCAUGCCUAGCAAAGGAGACCACCAAGAAGAAAUCAAACUACCUUCUGAAAGAAUCCUUCAGAAACCAGUGUCUGGCCCAUCAGUGGAACAAGUCAUAUCAGAAUCUAUUCCUUCUCCUGGCAAAGCAGCCCAUUUCCAGGUAGAAGAUGCAGAACCUGCACUGGGUAAUAAAAAAGCGGCACAUGGGAGUAUGUCUCUUUUACCUGGAGAGAAGCCAUUAGAAGAAUCAAAAAUGGUUCAGUCAAAGGUUGUAGAUGAUGCUAAUGAAAGAGGGAAACCAACAUCUGAAGUGAAAAUACCCACACAAAUAGAACCCCUCUCCUCAACCCAAGAAAAUGAAAGACCUCAACCCCCAGAAUCACCUGAGGUGACACAAAAGCUGCCUGAGCAACCAAAGGCAGCUAAACCAGGCCUUUCUGAAGAAAAGGAAAGGAAAGGAAUUUUAUCUUUCACAUCUUGGGUGUCCAGUUUGUUUUUUGGAUCAAGCUCUCCAGAUAGCACAGUUGCUGAAAAAGAAGAUGUAGAAACUCAGCCCAGUCCAUCUGUAGAAAAAGCAGUGACUGUGAUAGAGCCUAAAGGUACAGCUCCAGCUGACUUUAAUGCAACUGAGAAACCAGCUGAUCAUCUGGUACCAGAGGCAAAACUUAUAACUACUGAAGAAUCCAGAGAUACUUUGGUUAAAUCUGGUGAAGGUCAAGACUUUAAAGAAAAACCUACACUUUUAUCAAAUGUAGAAGUUCUAAAACAGCCAAAACCCAAUUUUGAGGUGUCCAGUGAAGAUCAUGGGAAGAAAGAAAUCCUAGACUCUUCAGAGGAAAUGGGUCUAAACUUAGUUACUUCUGUUGAAGGUGAGGACCAUCUUCAAUCUUAUUCUCUCAUGAGUGAGGAAUCCAUUAUGGAAGAAGCCAAAAAUGCUGUUCCUCUUCAUGUCACUGAUAGUAAAAGAGCCCAGAAGCCAGAAAUCUCUCCUCCAUCUAAAUGGAAUAUUUCAGUUCUUGAACAGCCAAGAAGUGAUCAAAAAGAAAAAUCACUCUUUUCAUUUGAUGUGGUAGAUAAGAUGUCACAACAGCCAAAAUCAGCUUCUUCUAGCUUCACAAAUAAAAAUAUUACAAAGGCAUCAGAGAAGCCAGAGUCAACAAUUUUGCCAGUAGAAGAAUAUAAAGGCAGUUUAAUUGAUCUUGGUGAAGACAGACUAAAUAAAGAAAUGCCAAAACCUACUUCCUUGAAAAUUUCUGAAGAGGAAAUAAAACUCAGGUCUGUUAGCCCAACUGAGGAAAAAGAUAACUUGGAAACCAGAUCAUAUUCUUUGGCAGAAAAGAAGGUGCUGGCAGAAAAACAAGAAACUGUGGCCCCAUUAGAGCUAAGAGAUAAUAAUGAAAUAGGAAAGGCACACAUUACACAUGGAUCUAGCCCUAUUAAAUUGGAGGAAUCAAAAGCGGCUGCUGUGCUGCAGCAAGUCUAUCAAAAUGAAGACCACAAGGAAAGACACAAAAUUAUUAAGGAGGAGAAAGGAGAAGAAAAAGCAAAACAGUCACAUGUGUUUUUAGAAGGAGAGAAGCAGCAGGAAAUUCAGCCUUAUUCUGUGACUAUAGCCAGGUCUCUGCCCGAAGAAUCAGAUGUCUCUCUAAGUCAUUCUUUGGGUGAAACUUGUCCAUUUUCAUUAACUAAAACUACAUCAGUUACUGAAAAAUCAGAAAUCAUAAUCUCAGAGACUCACCCAGAAAUCAGGGAAACAAAGACAGUAGCAACCCAACCACAUCUGUUAGAAGAAAGUGAAGUACUGAUGGAGAAAACCAAGACUUUCUUUCCAGGGGAUCUUUCUUAUCAUGAUGAAAUAGAUAACCACUCUUUUCCUAAGGAAGGAAAUCUGGUAUUGGAAAAAUCAAGCAGGGAUUUGGCAAGUCAGAAUGAAGAAAAGGGACUGGUCACAGUAUCAGAGCUGUCAAAAGGUGGUUCAAUAGAUAUCGCAAAAGGGAGUAUGAAACAAGGCUCUCCAUCUAAAGAAUCUGAAAGGAUUUUAGAUCAUCCUUUGGAUGAAACAAAGAUCUUAGAAACACCUCCAUAUUUGUUGUCAUCAGUGAAACCACAAGCACUUGUUUCAGAAGCUUCUCCAGAAAUUAGUACAGUAAAGAAACAAAUUAGUACAAUGAUGAAACAAGAAUUGACUCCAGGUAGGCAUACAGUCCAUACUAUUCAGACAUCAAAAGAGCAAGCAUCUGAAACGUCUAAACAAUCUGUUCUUGUUUCAAAGCACCACUUGGAGGCUGUAGAAGCUGCCCAUAUAAAUGAACCACGCUCUUUAAGCAGCAACUAUGCUCAAUUUAUAGCAAGUGCAACAACAACCAAUGCCAAUAAAAUGGUUUCUACUAGAGAAGUAUCUGAAGAGCCUGAAGACACAUAUGAAAAAGAUGAAGAAUUUUCAAUGACUAGUAAGCCAGCUGGACUUUCAGAAGAUCAAAAGAGUGCCUUCAAUAUCAUUUCUGAAGGCUGUGAGAUUUUGAAUAUUCAUGCUCCUGCAUUUAUCUCUUCAGUUGAUCAAGAAGAAAGUGAACAAAUGCAAGAUAAAUUAGAAUAUUUGGAAGAGAAGGCCUCAUUAAAAACUCUACCCCUCCAUGAUGAUAGUGAGGCAGUCGCUUGCCAUAAAACAUUGGCGAGUAAGUUAGAAGAUUCGGAUAAAAAAGUCACAUCACUGAAAGAAAGUAAACAAAAGGAAACUCAUGAAACAAAAGAACAAUUAUCCACAGACUCAGAAACUGGUGAUUUACCCUUUAAUCAGCCCACAAUUCCCAGUGAAGAGGAUUAUUUUGAAAAAUAUACAUUGAUUGAUUAUAACAUCUCCCCAGACCCAGAAAAACAGAAAGCUCCACAGAAAUUAAAUGUUGAAGUAGAAUUCUCAAAGGAAAUUCCAGAAGAAACUAUCUCAUUCCCAGAAAGUUCAGAGGAAAGUGCCAUAGAAUGUGAAUAUGACUUGGUGAAAUUAGAUGAAAGUUUCUAUGGACUGGAAAAGUUAUCUCACCGAGAAACCCCAAAGUCUUUGGUUAUCCAAAAAUCACCUGAUAAAGAUGCUUCGAAAAGCGCAAACAGAGAUGUGGGUUCCAAGUUACCUGGGAUGCCUUUAUUUGAUGCAGAAGAAGAGGUUUUGUCACGAACUCAGAUACUUCCUACCACUGCUAAAGCCAUUAAUCCCGAACUUCUGGAGGAGCCACCUGCACUUGCAUUUUUAUACAAGGAUCUGUAUGAAGAAGCAGUUGGAGAGAAAAAGAAGGAAGGGGAGACAGCUUCUGAAGGUGAUAGUGUGAAUUCUGAGGCAUCAUUUCCAAGAAGAAAUUCUGACACUGAUGAUGGAACAGGAAUAUAUUUUGAGAAGUACAUACUCAAAGAUGACAUUCUCCAUGACACAUCUGUAACUGAAAAGAACCAAGGCCAAGGUCUGGAAGAAAAACCAGGUGUUAAGGAUGAUUUAUACCAGCCAAUAGCAGCAGAAGGGGAAAUUUGGGGGAGGUUCGGAACUAUUCUUGGAGAAAAGAGUCUGGAAGAGGGACAGAAAGCUACUUAUGGAGAAGGAGAAUCAGUAGGCCACGUGGAGACCCUUGACAGUGUAGCUAUACAGAGCAAAGUUCCCAUCACUGAGGAAGUCAGAGUGGUCACCCAGAAGAUAACCCAUGCGGUUCCAUUUGAAGACACCCAUCAUGUUCUGGAGAGAGUAGGUGAAACAAGCAAUCAGAGUGAUGAAGCAGCAAAUGCUAAUCCAGAGGUCAAUCUGAAUGUUCCAGUACAAGUGUCCUUCCCAGAGGAAGAAUUUGCAUCUGGUGCAACCUGUGUUCAAGAAACACUGCAAGAAGUACCUAGCAUAAUGGUCCCACCCGAGCCAAGUGAAGAUAGACUCCGCAAUAGCCCUGUUCAGGAUGAGUAUGAAUUUGCUGAAUCCCUGAAUUAUGAAAUGGUUACUCAAGACACUUUAUCAGAAGAACUGUAUUCAGAAUCUACUCCUGAGUUUGUGUUAUCUCAAGGGAAGGAAUCCUCCGAACACAUCAGUGAAAAUGAAUUUGUGAAUGAGGUGGAACAAAGUAUGUCUGCUGAACAGAGAGAGUUGGGCAGAGAGAGGACAGAAGAACAAUUAUCAUCAGAGUUAGUCACCGAGGAGGAACAGAAGGAAGUGAAAAAGUCCCAGAUUGACACAUAUUGCUACACUUGCAAAAGCCCAAUUUCUGCUGCCGACAAGAUAUUUGGCACCCACAAAGACCAUGAAGUUUCAACGCUUGAUACAGCUAUAAGUGCUGUUAAGGUUCAAUUAGCAGAAUUUCUAGAAAAUUUACAAGAAAAGUCCUUGAGGAUUGAAGCUUUUGUUAGUGAGAUAGAAUCUUUUUUUAAUACCAUUGAGGAAAAUUGUAGUAAAAAUGAGAAAAAACUAGAAGAACAGAAUGAAGAAAUGAUGAAGAAAGUUUUAGCACAGUAUGAUGAGAAAGCCCAGAGCUUUGAGGAAGUAAAGAAAAAGAAAAUGGAAUUCCUGCAUGACCAGAUGGUCCACUUUCUGCAGAGCAUGGACACUGCCAAGGACACCCUGGAGACCAUCGUGAGAGAAGCAGAGGAGCUUGAUGAGACUGUUUUCCUAACCUCAUUUGAGGAAAUCAAUGAAAGGUUGCUUUCUGCAAUGGAGAGCACUGCUUCGUUAGAGAAAAUGCCUGCUGCAUUUUCACUUUUUGAACAUUAUGAUGACAGCUCGACGAGAAGUGGCCAGACGUUGAAACAAGUGGCUGUUCCACAGCCUCCUAGGUUAGAACCUCAGGAACCAAAUUCUGCCACUAGCACAACAAUUGCAGUCUACUGGAGCAUGAACAAGGAAGAUGUCAUUGACUCAUUCCAGGUGUACUGCAUGGAGGAGCCACAAGAUGACCAAGAAUUAAAUGACUUGGUAGAAGAAUACAGAGUGACAGUGAAAGAAAGCUACUGCAUUUUUGAAGAUUUAGAACCUGACCGAUGCUAUCAAGUAUGGGUAAUGGCUGUGAACUUCACCGGAUGUAGCCUGCCCAGUGAAAGGGCAAUUUUUAGAACAGCACCCUCCACCCCUGUGAUCUGUGCUGAGGACUGUACCGUGUGUUGGAACACAGCCACCAUCCGAUGGCGGCCUGCCAACACAGAGGCCACUGAGACCUAUACUCUGGAAUACUGCAGACAGCACUCUCCGGAAGGCGAGGGCCUCAGAUCUUUCUCUGGAAUUAAAGGACUUCAGCUGAAAGUUAACCUCCAGCCCAAUGAUAAUUACUUUUUCUACGUGAGAGCCAUCAAUGCUUUUGGGACAAGCGAACAGAGCGAAGCUGCCCUCAUUUCCACCAGAGGAACCAGAUUUCUCUUGUUGAGAGAAACAGCUCAUCCUGCUCUGCAAAUUUCUUCAAAUGGGACAGUGAUCAGCUUUGCUGAGAGAAGACGGCUGACAGAAAUCCCAUCGGUGCUGGGUGAGGAGCUGCCUGCUUGUGGCCAGCAUUACUGGGAAACCACAGUCACAGACUGCCCAGCUUAUCGACUUGGCAUCUGCUCCAGCUCAGCUGUGCAGGCCGGUGCCCUGGGACAAGGGGAGACAUCAUGGUAUAUGCACUGCUCUGAGCCACAGAGAUACACGUUUUUCUACAGCGGCAUCGUGAGCGAUGUCCAUGUGACCGAGCAUCCCGCCAGAGUGGGCAUUCUGCUAGACUACAGCCACCAGAGGCUUCUAUUUAUAAAUGCCGAAAGUGGGCAGUUGCUCUUCAUCAUCAGGCACAGGUUUAAUGAGGGUGUGCACCCUGCCUUUGCGCUGGAGAAACCUGGAAAGUGUACUUUGCACCUGGGGAUAGAGCCCCCGGAGUCUGCACGGCACAAGUGAUUAUCGGCUUUCAGAAUUUGAAAGAGCAAUAAUUCAAAUUGUGGGGUCCGUUGUUCUUUCCUUUGGGUGCCGUACGUUAUUCAGAAUGCCUCCUACACAUUCACACUAAUGGUAGCUACAGGCACAGUGAUCAGCACAUGAGCACAACCACCAAGAAAACCUUGUCUUUCUAGAGCAGCAUGCGAGUAAAGUGGAUGGAAACAACCACCUUCACCUUUGGUUUAUAUAUGUUUGAGUUCUUCUCUAAAUUAAAAGGAUAUGUAUCUGUCUUGGGAACCCAAAUAGAGAAAUGGACUUCCACCUGUUUUAUUAGUAAAAGAAAUCCUUGGAUGGACAGGUCCCAGUGAAGAGGGAAGAUUGUGCUAGUAAUAUAUCUCCUCUGACAAGAAAUGCAGACUUUUUUCACAAGAAAAAUGUUGCCUUGCUUCACUAAAGGAUAAUGAAUCCUAAUCAUUAAAAAAAAUGUUUUAACCAUUCUAAGUUAAUAACGAACUCUUUUGUAAUAAUGCAUACUGUAGAACAUGCAUCUCUUUCCCCUGAAAUUUUAAAUGUAGAAAAGUGCUAGAUAUUAGAAAUUUCCAUCUUGUUAAAUAAAUGGUUAGAGU